UAAACACGUUUUGUCUCUGUUCUUUUUUUCUGUCAGGAUACUUGGGAGUAUUUAUCUUGUCCGUUUCCUGCACCCCCAGUCACGCACACCUCCACAAGGUAUCUUCCCUCAGCUGUAAUGAGGUUGUUUCUCAGUUUUAGUCUCAACACUAUGUGUAUGUGUAGCUUGGAUCCUUCACUGGAAUAACUCCUGAUAAUAAUAUGUCAUGUUGAUUUUGUUUGGCUUGCUCAUGACUUGAAAGAUUAUUUUUUAAAGCACUGCUGCCUCUUAGAUAAUUCUGUGGCUAAAAAAAUUCCAGGAUAAUAUAAUCUUGAAGCAAUACUUGCUGCCUUGCAAGGGUGACCUGUCCUUUUAAAACUGUCUUAAUGCAAGGGAAAUUAAUUUGUCAUGAGUGGUAGAACUAUAUCCUCAGCCCUUGCUGCUUUUGUUGAGGCCACUACCAUAUAUAUAUACAUAUAUAUACAUAUAUAUAUAUAUAUAUAUAUAUAUAUAUAUAUAUAUAUAUAAGGUGUUUCAAAUAGCAUGCUCUUCAGUGGUAAGCAUUGAAUGACUGCUUGCCUCUCUUGAAUUCCCUUUCGAGGCUUGGAGGAUGUUAAUGUUGGAAAGUUACGACUGAGGAAGAUACCAGAGUACUUUCUUCCUUAGAAUAAAAUAUGAAUCCUAAGAAUAACUGAUAGUAGCACAAGAAAACUAUGUGAAUGUGUUGCAUUGUAUAAAAAUACUAUUUAUAAAUGUGAAGGUUGUUGAUGCCAUCAAAACUUUAUGGAAAAAUAAAAAGGAUUUCCUUUUUUCUUAUCCAAGCCUGAGAAAAAUAAGGGGAACCAGCUAUUGCAAGCCCUUUUGUAGUCUGUUGAAUAAUUUAAAUUUCUAGACAUUUAUAAUUUCCUACAAAAUAUGCUGCUUAUAAUUUUUUUCUUGAUCCAGUUGUGAGUGCUUUUCUAGCCUUGGCUUUUAUUGGGUUUUGUAAAUAGGGUCGUAUUGGUUUUGGUGGCAUCAGUGUCUCCUUGGCAUUUUACCCAUUAGCAGUGGGCCUGUAUAAAACUGCCAAGGAAAAGUAACCUACCUGUAGAAAGUUUGCUUAGCUAGCAGAGUGAAACUGUUGUGAAUGAGCCUGGUGGGGAAACAGGUCAGGCCAUUCAUUAUUCCUCAAGUGUUAACAUACUGACUUAUGCAGUAUUCAGACCAUCUAGUGCAAUGCCUUUUUGUUUGUUUGUUUUUGUAACACGGGUGCAGUGUAUUAUAGAAAAAUAAAGAUUACAAUCAUGAGCAGUUUUAUUAAUGCUGCUGUGCUGGUUUUGUAAAAAAUGUACAUUAUGCCUUUUGACAGGUUUAAUUUUAACUAGAGAAAUGACAUUGUAAAUCACAAUAUCCUCUUUUAAUUUAAUAUGAAAAAUUCAAUUAACAAUAUUGAAAAUACUUACUGUAUUAUAUUGUAUAUAUUUCUCUACCUUGGUUCUAGCUGUUUUAUAUGAUAUGUUAUUUAAGAGAUAAAACUGCCUUGACCUUUUGGAGACAUACUAUAAAUAAAGAACACUUACAAUAAACUGAGAAUCAACUUCAGUUUGUUUUGAAUCGGCUUCAGGAAAUUAACAAGGGGAGAUGGAGUUUGGGGCCCAAACCUCGCCCCUCGCCCCUGGCCUCUAGCCUCAAAGCGUUGCCUUCUGAUCAUUCUCUUCCCCAUCAUUUUUCCCCCUGGAGAAUUUAAGUCUUUCACUAGUAAAUAGCCCUUCCUUCUUAAGUCUCAGAAAGGGGGUCUUAAACCUGUGUGUUUGCGUCUACCACUAAUGGCCUCGCCUCUUCUGGCCUCCUCCUGGUCUUCAUGUGUUUCCGUUUUCCUGGCGGGACGCUCAGGAAAGCCAGGGAGGGCCGAAUUCGCCUCUCUGGCAGGCUCUCAGCUGUUGGCUGCUCGCAGAAGUGUUCAGACAGGACCCGCCUGCCUGCGGUGGAACCGCUGUGCUGCAAGCUCGCAGCUGUGGAAGCGCGCUCCCCUUCACCGCGCCUGGGCUCCCCCGGGGCACAGCGUCGCCACCUGGCGGCCGCCGCGUCGGCUCCUGCGGCCCCGCCUCUGCCCUGCGGGUAAAGAGACGGUGCAGGCACCUGCCAGCCAGUGCUCUCUGUUCCCACUAACGUGAACGAAGUGUCUUGUGUUGGAAAUUCAUUUCUUGCACAAUUCCUGGGUCAGUGCUUAACAAAGUUAAGAUUGUUAACCCAUGUUUAAAAACUGUGGUUAAGACAAUCCCAAAUGUAUCAUCUUCACCGCAUUUAAGUUUAUACUUUAGUGGUGGUAACUAUACUCACGUUGCACUUUAUACCCCCAGCACGUACUCAUCUUGCAGGCCUGCAACUGUAUCCAUUUAACAACUCUUCCUGCUCACCCUGGUCUCUCGUGACCAUCCUGCUUUCUGUUCCCGUUAAUCUGACCACUUCGGGUACUUUACGAGAAAUCAGACAGGAUUUGUCUCUCUGGGGCUGGCUUAUGUUGCUUAGUGUACUAUCCUCAAGAUUCAUUCAUGUUGUAGCAUUUCCUCCCUCUGUUAAGUGCUAUUCAAGGUUGAAUGAUAUUCCAUUGUAUGUAGGCACCACAUUUCUUUUUUCAUCAUCAGUGCACCUUUGAAAUUGCUUCUGCCUCUUGGCUGCUGUGAAUAAUGCUAUCACGAACAUGGAAAUUCAAAUGUAUGUGCAACAUUCUUUUAAAAACUUCUUUUAGAUAAAUAUGGAGAAGUGGGAUUGCUGGAUCACAAGGCAGUUCUAUUUUUUUUUUUUUAAUGUUUUGAGGAACCUCCACACUGUUUCCCCUAGUAGCCCUACUGUUUUACGGUCCCACCCACUGUACACAAGGGUACCAAUUUCUUCACAUCCUUUUUUAACACUUAGAUACUUAUUUUGAUGGUAGCCAUCCUGAGUGUGACAUAAUAUCUCAUGUGCUUUUUCUAAGUUUUUUCUUUUUUAAUUUUUGUUUUUAAAUUUCUGUAUUUUUGAGAGUCAGAGCACGAGCAGGGGAGGUGCAGAGAGAGAGGGAGACACAGAAUCCAAAGCAAGCUUCAGGCUCUGAGCUGUCAGCACAGAGCCCGAUGUGGGGCUUGAACUUACGGACCACGAGAUGAUGUCCCGAGCUGAACUUGGAUGCUUAACCAGCUGAGCUACCCAGCCUCGGGAGUUCCCUAUCUGAAUCUGAACCUGGCCCCGUGCAUGGGAUACAAGAAGACACUGAAGAAAGGGGCAGACCACUUCACGUUGCUGGAUUCUGGUGGCACCAUUACCAUGGAGGAGCAGAUUGUCCUUGUCCUGAAAGCUAAAGUACAAUGUGAGCUCAACAUCACAGCUCAGCCCCAGGGAGGAGGUAAAGAGGGAAAUUGUUUCCCAGAAUGGGAUGGACUCAUUUGUUGGCCCAGAGGAACAGUGGGGAAAAUAUUGGCUGUCCCAUGCCCUCCUUAUAUUUAUGACUUCAAUCAUAAAGGAGUUGCUUUCCGACACUGUAACCCCAAUGGGACAUGGGAUUUUAUGUACAGUUUAAAUAAAACAUGGGCUAAUUAUUCAGAGUGCCUUCGCUUUCUGCAGCCAGAUAUCAGCAUAGGAAAGCAAGAAUUCUUCGAACGCCUCUAUGUCAUGUACACAAUUGGAUAUUCUGUCUCCUUCGGUUCCUUGGCUGUGGCUAUUCUCAUCAUUGGUUACUUCAGACGAUUACAUUGCACUAGGAACUAUAUCCACAUGCACCUGUUUGUGUCUUUCAUGCUGAGAGCCGUAAGCAUCUUCGUCAAGGACAAAGUGGUCCAUACUCACAUAGGAGUAAAGGAGCUGCAGUCUCUGGUAAUGCAGGGUGACCUGCAGAGUUCCAUGGAAGUGCCUUCUGUGGACAAGUCACAGUAUAUUGGGUGCAAGAUUGCUGUUGUGAUGUUUAUUUACUUCUUGGCUACAAAUUACUAUUGGAUCUUGGUGGAAGGUCUCUACCUGCAUAGUCUAAUCUUUGUGGCAUUCUUUUCGGACACCAAAUACCUGUGGGGCUUCACCUUGAUAGGCUGGGGGUUCCCGGCAGCAUUUGUUGCAACCUGGGCUGUGGCGCGAGCAACUCUGGCUGACGCAAGAUGCUGGGAACUUAGUGCUGGAAACAUCAAGUGGAUUUAUCAAGCUCCAAUCUUAGCAGCUAUCGGGCUCAAUUUUAUUCUGUUUCUGAAUACGGUUAGAGUUCUGGCUACCAAAAUCUGGGAGACCAAUGCAGUUGGGCAUGACACAAAAAAGCAAUACAGGAAACUCGCCAAAUCGACCCUGGUCCUGGUGCUGGUCUUUGGAGUGCACUACAUCGUGUUCCUGUGCCUGCCCCACUCCUUCGCCGGGCUGGGCUGGGAGGUCCGGAUGCACUGUGAGCUCUUCUUCAAUUCCUUUCAGGGUUUCUUUGUGUCUAUCAUCUACUGCUACUGCAAUGGGGAGGUUCAGUCCGAGGUGAAGAAGUUGUGGGGCCGGUGGAAUCUCUCCAUCGACUGGAAAAGGACGCCCCCAUGCGGCGGCCACCGAUACGGCUCCGUGCUCACCACCUUGACCCACAGCACCAGCAGCCAGUCGCAGGUGGCUGCCAGCGCUCGCAUGGUGCUCAUCUCUGGCAAAGCCACCAAGACAACCGGCCACCAGCCCGACAGCCACAUGACGUUACCCGGCUAUGUCUGGAGUAACUCGGAGCAGGACUGCCUGCCACACUUGAUCCACGAGGAGACCAAGGAAGGGAACGCCAGGCGAGGAGAUGAGAUUCCAAUGGCGGAGUCUCCCAGGCGGUUGGAAUUCAACCCAGACCCUGAAGGAAGCAGAGGAGAAACGGAGGAUGUUCUCUGAGUCAACAUCUGUGACUUUAAAGAGCUGGUCCCUCAGGUUGUGUGAGAGAAGCUUGGCUGGCAUUCCUCUGCUUGCGCCCCAGAACUGAAAAUUCAGGGUUCAAAGUGUUAUUUCACAAAAAUUUUCAGGUUGCAUGAAUUUGAUCCUAUAAAUCCUAAAGACACAAAAGAAGAAGUGUCAGUGGAGUAGUUUAUUCUCUUAAUGUUGGCAUCAAGUUCUCUUCCAAAUUGUGCGACAAAUUGCUCUGUGAUUGUUCAUUUUUCUGCUGCUCUUGGGUAGAAAACGUUUCUUUCACUCACUUGGCUCUGGUUUUCUCUCAUAAAUAUCACCCUAAGUAUGAUAGAGAUCAUUCAGUAUGUGUCGUUUCCCUUUUCAGAUAUGAGCAUUCUGUUUUUCUCUUUCUCAUUUUAAGGUACUUCUACCGUUGCAUUUCUUUGGGGGAUGCAGGGGAGCAAUUAGGGUCUGAAGAUGUACGUUGAAACGUGAGCUAAGAAUACACACACACUGGAAAAUAAGGGGCUGGGCUUUGGUAAGAUAAUACAUUUGUGACAUAUUUGUUUCUUUCUAGGAACAAGGAGAAUUACUCAAAAAAGUAUUGCACAUAUUCCUUCUUUUGAAUGUCUCCUUUGUGACCAGCCAAAUCUCAGGUCUUCUUCACUCCUCUGUAAAGCUUGACAUGUCACACGGUUUUCCCUGUUAGCUUGUGUCUGCAGGCUGAUUGUGUUUGUAAUCGUUUGUAUCGCUGGUAAGACACACAGCAUCCGUGCCUUUUGUUCUUUGUUCUGUUGCUACAUUCCAAAUGGCAUGUGGGAUAAAUUAAAAGUUUGUUUUAAAAAUA